CAGGUGCCUGCCGGCUUGUGCUGUGCCGGUAGCACCGCGGGUAGCCCAACGUCCUCAUGGUGCUGUGUCAGAGCGGCGAGGCCGCCGCUGUUCCGGCAGCGGGCGGAAAGGAGCCGGACGUGCCGCUGAGCCUGGAGGAGGAUACGGGUACGGGGCAGCCUUGCCCCUGCCCUGCGCCCGGCGUGGAGGCAGCGGGCGCCGAAGAGCGCCGCGCCUGUGGCUGCUGCUCAGGCUUGUCCUGGCCGCGCUGCUGCAAGGCACCUGGAACAAAGGAAGCUUCGUGUCCAGGACUUGGUCUGUUUUAUACCGUACUGUCUGCCUUCCUUUUCUCAGUGGCCUCUUUAUUUCUUAAAAAAAUAGAAGAUGUGCAUUCAGUGGAAGUGAGUGCGUUUCGAUGUAUUUUCCAAAUGGCAUUUGUUCUUCCUGGUUUAAUAUACUACAAAACAGGGUUUUUGGGACCAAAAGGUAAAAGAAUUUUUCUUUUCUUCCGAGGAUUCCUUGGCUCUAGUGCAAUGAUUCUUCUCUACUAUGCUUACCAAGUCAUGCCACUAGCUGAUGCCACUGUUAUAACUUUUAGCAGUCCUGUUUUUACAUCGUUGCUGGCAUGGAUCUUUCUCAAAGAGAAGUACAGUAUUUGGGAUCUCCUGUUUACCCUCUUUGCCAUCACUGGAGUGAUUCUUAUUGCCAGACCACCAUUUCUGUUUGGGUCAGACGUUACAGGGAUUGAAGGAAGUUAUACAGAGCAUCUUAAAGGAACUAUAGCAGCAAUUACAAGUACAGUAUCUGCAGCUUCGACUUUUGUUAUACUGAGGAAGGUGGGAAAAUCUGUACAUUAUUUUUUGUCAAUUUGGUAUUAUGCAGUCAUUGGUUUAAUUGGAUGUGUUAUAGCAUUGUUUGUUAUGAAUGAAUGGCGUUUACCACACUGUGGUAAAGAUAGGGUUCUUCUAAUAUUAAUAGGCUUAUUAGGGUUAGGGGGUCAGAUAUUUCUCACAAAAGCAUUACAGAUAGAGAAAGCUGGACCUGUAGCCAUAAUGAAAACAAUGGAUGUGGUGUUUGCUUUUAUUUUGCAAAUUCUUUUUCUCAAUCAACUGCCACCUUGGUGGACUGUAGGUGGUGCUCUUUGUGUAGUAGCAAGUAGUUCUGGAACUGCUAUUCGUAAGUGGCGACAAACCUUGAAGAAAGCUAAAGAAAAUGAAAUCUGACAGUGCGGACACUAAUUCAUUACAGAAACAAGCAAUCUUAAUAUAUAUAUAUAUACACAAUAUUUGUUUUUAUUUAUUUUAAAUAUCUCUUUUACCAAAUUGUAGUACCAAAUUAUGGGCAAUAAGUUGAUUUUUUUUUUAACAAAAUUGAAUAUGUUUGAACAACUGAUUAAGUAUAUACUUUUCUUUCUCAUAUUUAGGCAUGCAAAUACAAGAAUUAGAAAAAAAUUUGAAGGUUGCUUGCCUCCUGUCAAAAGUGGGCAAUAAGUUUUUGGCUUUUAUUUCCCUAAAAUUCCCGAUUCUCCACUUCUUAGACCCUUUCUCUGUUCUUCUGAGCAGUGGAAAUCAGUCUCCCAGGCUUAUUUAAUACUAUUCUGUGCUUGAUUAGCAGAGGGAUUGCAGUACAAAAGUUAGAAGUGAAAAAAGAUUUAUAAUUCCAUAAACAUCCAACUUUUCUAGAACAGAUAAAGCUUGCACAUUUAUAAGUUUUCUAUUUUUUUUUUUCCACAAAACAGAUGCCAAAUGGGGAUUUAGUUUUAAUUUGGAUUCUGGAAGAAUAAAAGCUAUUUCAUCUUUCCAAAUCAUAUAAAGAGAAAAUGAACUUGUGGAAAUUAUCUUCAGCUUUACUUUCUUUUAAAAAAGAAUUUUAAAUAUUUGCACUUGCUUUACAGACAUAAUGAAAUAACUUAAUCCCUCUUUUUUUUAACAUGGCUUUCCCAAUAAGCAUGUCUUUAGUUGCUGCAGUCUCAGUGAUGAGAGGAACAGUUAAUUGUGUACCACUCGUAAAUUCACUUUCUUGUGGUAUGGAAUGUUGUGCUGUAGCUGCACUUUCUUUAUUCUAUGCAAAAUAUUAUAUUUUUAGAUAUUUAAUACAGGUUAUUUUAAAUGCUGCUUAUGACCCUUUUGUUUAGAUUCCUCUGUACAAAAGUUCUUUAUGAGACCAAGUUUAAGUUUUCGCCUUCGUAAAGUUAGGAGGAUUUACAACAAAGCUUUUGCCUUUCCCUAAGAAUUUACAAAAACGCAAAGUAAUUGCAAUUUCACAGAAAAUGCAGGUUGGCCAAGGUAAUAGCAGAGAUUCUACAGAACAGGUCUGGGGAGAGCUUGAUGGGAGAGUGGAGCUACGCAUAAACAUCUCGUGACAUGGAGGCAUCCACACCAUAUCAAGCAGCACUAGUGGGCAGCUUCAGGCCCAUUUUUCCAGCUGGUCUUUUUAAAUCUGCAUUUAGUUGCUUCUCUUACACAUCAUCUCACUUUUAUGGGCUUUAUCUUGAUAGCUACAAAUACUAAGGAAAAAAAGGCUUGUGUUAUUUAUGUUAGCAUCCUUUAUGUUUGAGGAGGAAUGUAUGUUUAGUAUUGGGAUUUUCCCAAAUGGAGUCUUAUGUACUUUGAGGUCCUGAGUAGUACGCAGAGAAAAUUUUAACUUGAAUCUUUGUUCGGUCCUUUGUAUCGUGAGGUGGUUUUCAGUUAUUUACUUAUUCUAGUGUUUUUCUAAAGGAGAAUGCUGGUGGAUGUUUUCUUAUUUUGAUUUAAUGAUGUCACAUUUCUUUUGCCAGUAAGCAUUACAUCCUAGCAGGGCAGAUCCUGGAACUUAAGUCCUGAAGGACUGGAAUGUGCAUAGUACUUUGGGAUGUGCCUGGAAGUGAGGAGCUGUCUUUGUGCAAGAUUCUGUAUGUAAAUGUCUGUAUGUAACCAGCACCCUGAAUCCAUUUAUGUUUAUGGACACAAGCAGAUUUCACUUGAGUGAUAGAAUCAAAUCAUGCUUAUAGCAUGCAUUCCUUGCUCAUGAAGGCUGAAGUUCAGCUACUGCUGACAAGGUCAGGAGUAGUAUGAAACUGCUUUCACAUCUCUUUAAGGCCUGAUGUAAUAAUAAAAUUCCAGUUUGGAAUUAUUACUUAAUACUUGAUAUUGUAAACUGGAAUUGUUUCUUCUGCUGCUCAGCCAUCACUGUCAUUGAACAACUGCUUUCAGGGAGGGAAGGAAAAUAGACUGCAUUUUUUACUGCUUCACUUCAUGUUUAAUAGCAUGUGUUUGAAUUGACACUUAACAAAGGUGUGGCUCCAAAGCAGUUCUAACUGAUGUAAACUUGGUUUGUCAGCUAGUCCUGCUCCCUCCCAUUGGCUCAGUGCUCAUGCUUAUGUGGUUAUGUGGUGAGCUAGCCCUGGGAGCUGAUCCAGUUUUGUAACUUUCAGUAAGGUGGUUGGAAAUGGCAAAAUCAGAGUAGCCUGAACUUGAUAACAGUGUGAAAACAUUAGGAAGGGGAAUUCGAUAGUAGUUUAAAUUACAGUUUAUGAAUACUGCUUUGUCAGUACAGAAUAAAAAUAAUGUGGAAGCUUACAUUGAAAAAAAAGUUUAGGUCAUAUGAUUUCAAUGAAACUUGUUUACAGUUAGUGGAGAAGAGCAGGCAACUGAAAAAAGGACUGUUUUCUUGCCCUUAAUGUAAGUAAGUGUAGAAAAUACGUCAACCUGAAACCACCAACCUGAUACAGUGAUUGGUAAUUUUUCUCUCCCGUUCUUGCACAAACUUUAAUUAUAUUUCCAUAUCUGUAGUGCCAACCCCCCCCAGAUUAUUAUUUUUUAAUUUAUCCAAACCUAUAGGGUUUCUUUAUGGCUCCACUUACUUGUUUCCUGUUGCUGUUCCUAAGCCUUCCUAAAUAUUUAAGUAAUUUGAGAGACAGUCUACACAAGAUCCUGUGUUGGAGAGCACUAUUUUUUUUUAAUUAUUUUGAUUUUAAUCAGUGUUUUAUAGAAUUACUCAACUUGUAUGAGAAUGAAGGACUUGACUAGGGCUUCUCUAGUCAUAAUGUGUGACAAGCUAGCUUCUGUAACUAGCUUUUCUAGGUUAUGUUGGGAAUGGUAGACAUUUAAGCUUAUAUUUUCUCAACCACCUCAAUUUUUAUUUUUUUUCUUACCCUCAAAUGUAGACUGAAAACCAAAAUUUUAGUUGGAAGCCAUGAAGGAGACUGAAAUAAUACAAAAUUAUGGAUACCCUGAAAUGUUGUGGGUUUUUAAGAAAAUCAGAAAUGAAACCGGUUGAGCCUGGAGUCUUUCAGAUUCUGGUGUGUCUUUUUUCUUGAUGAUUUCUACUUCUGAAAUUUUUUUUUAGCUUUAAGUUUCAAUACAGCAAGUUUCUCAGGGUCAGAUGUUACUUUUCUUAGCUUUGCGUCAGAAACAUUAUUAAUGUUUGUCACCUGUAGUAUCCUGUUGUGAUCUUUACAGUAUUUUUAAGUUCUGUAAAUGUACUUUUCUAAUAGGAAGUCCUUUCUUAGUAAUAUGAUAGAAUGUUGUUGCAUUGCAACUGCUAUGCUAUAAAGUUGGUUCUCUUGAGUUUCAGUGUAUUAAUUCAAUGUACUGAUUUCAGUGGAUCCUGAAUAGAAAGAAUAAUGAUUAAUUAUUGGUUGUUUUACACAUAAACACAGGGUAAAAAGAUGUGAUGUAUCAGUAACAGCAAGCGUAUUUCUUAUAUUCUUUACUAUGCAAAACACUGUUCAUCUGGUGUCCUCAGUGGGACUUUGAAGCCUUAAAGCCUUACAUACCCAAAUCCUCUAUAGAAAGCUAAUGACUGAAAAAGCUAUGAACUGUCACUGUGCAGCAGCCAAUUUCUUCAGGUUAAGCUGGUUGUCAAAGUAUGCUCCAAAAGCUCUAAAUACAUCUACACUAAGAAUUUGACAAGCUCAUUGUGUAGACAAGAGCAGUCUACCUAAUUAAAAUGGAUUUCCUGUGUUUGUCUGACACCAGGCGUGAAGUAACCUCAGCAUAACAGCACUGGUGAAGUAACUAGUUCAAUGUAUCAUUUUUCUUCUGAAGCCUGAAACUAGGGUCUCUCCAAACUCCAAAAACUGUUCUACGAUGUUAGUUCCUAUAAUUGACAAUGACAAGAUGGAUAAUACUACCCUUGAUCAUUGUUUAGUAUGAACACUUCCUCCCUUUUUUUUCUCUUCCUUGAGCUUUUGUUGAAGAGCUGUCUGUGAGAAAUAAGUUUAUUUCUGGAGAGGCAGCCUCUUAGAAAAAUCACUUUCUUGCUAACUAGCAGUAGUUAACCAGGAAGAGUCUGUUUUCCAGUUCUCUAACCAUGUAGGCUCAUCUGUGACAUCAGUCCCACAAGGGUAGUAGAACCACAGCCUCUGUCCCUGCAUGAAUUCAGGAUUGGCAAUGUUGACAACAGAUGUGCAACACUGACAUCAGCAGGACACUGCAGUUAUCGGCAGAAUGUUUUUGUGGUCAUAACUGCCUGUCCAUCCAAAGAAACUUUGUGGCUUUAUGUUCCUGCAGACGCAGGUAACUUCAGGUGGUACAUACAUAGCCUUCUAUGAUGAUAACACUUCUGUAUAUCAGAAUGAGUAGUUUCCUAUAUUGUGUGAGUUAUUGUUUGACAAAAAGGGUGCAAAAAUACCCUGAAGUAAUGAAAUGAUUUUUACUGUGUCCUAUAUAUUGUUAAAUAUGUUGGACAGUAUGUUUUGUAGAAGUUACUGGCUUUGUUAUGUAGUAGUAUAUUUUUAUAGACAAUUCUUAUAUAAUGAAAUGUUAAGAAUAUUUUCGUAAGAGAUUUGUAUUCAUCAUUGCUAAUAAAAUGAACUUGAAGAAUUAAUCUCUGGUUUUGCAUCGGUUAUUAGAACACAUUUUGAAUGAAGUGAUUGUAAAAGGUUUAUGAAAGAUCUGUUAAUCAAACAAUCCCUGUUAAAUAUGAACAUACAUGUCAAAUUCUGCUAUUGUUAGCAUGCUUCAUCACUUCUUAUACCUUGCAACAAGCUAGAGGAGAAAAGA